AUGGCAAUCUCGCCGUGGGCUGCGAAGACAAAGAAGAGUGAGGUCAAGGAUGAUUCAUCAGAGCCAUCUGCAAAAGUUCCUUGCACGCAAUAUGAAAAGCAGCUGAAGAAGAUGGAGGGAAACGUUGGUUUGGUGAAGGAGCUUCUUGGGCACAUGGCCUGGAUCCGGCAGCAGAUUCAGGGCUCCAAGGGUGAAACCGUGGUCCAUCCUGGGCAACUGAUUCUGAACACCUUGGCAUGUGAGAAUGCGGAGCUCACAGCUCAAUCGUUGGAAGCUUGGUUUCAGGAAUACGCAUCCAAAAGGGCAGCCAUGGGCGUCAAUGUGAUCUUCAAGGAAGCCAGCAAGACUGUGAUCGAGAGCACCAUGAACAAUGAUGUGAUCAAGGUUCCCAUCACGGUCCUGUCGCAGCAGGUGCCUGACGAUGGACUGCCCCUGAUUGAAGACAUGAUCACAUGCUGGGAAGGCAUGAUCUUUGGUGGCCUUGAUAUUGCCCGUGAACCCAUUGAUGUUGCAGUGUGGCCCUCAAAACAGUUGAACACGCAUGUUGACUUUUCUGAUUCUGACAGCUUUGAUUUGAAAAUGAUUGAGGCGGAUGUGGCUGCAGGACAGGCCAUCAAAGUGGCUCCGCUGUCCUUGAAAAUCAUCAAGGGCUACACAAAGACACAAUGUGUGCUGUUCACACUGCUGGCUGCAGCAGAUGUGGACCUCAGUGCCCCUGAUGCGAUGGAGCUAUUGAAGCCUCUCUUCCCAGUCUUGGAUUAUGCGUGGUUUAGUGCCAUCAUGCAGGUGCGGGCUGACCAGGGAGUCCACGCGAAGGAGCUCGCAACAGACCAGCGCUUGCGGAAGGUGAUUCAAGAGUUCCAAGACACCCCAGGAUUUCUGUCGAAAUGGGCCCUCGACGAGGACAAAAUCAUUGGGAUCCACAAUAUCAUCACCGGAACUUGUGAAGAAGCUCGGGAUUGCAUCCGCCAGCAUUUGAAUGCUGCCAAGUGGGCACAGAGUGCUUUCAAUGUUGAGCUCCUGAGGCGCCCUCGCUGGCUGUUGGGAGCUGGUUUGAAGGGUGUCCCUGAUUGCUUCAAGAAGGUGCUCACAGUCAAGCCAGAGUCACAGAGGCUGUUUAUGAAGCUUGUGGUGCAGAAGUUCACAGAACGCUCUCGAAAGGUCAGGCCAAAUCAGCGGGCCAGAGUCCGUCUGUCAUCUGCCGAUUGGGACGCUUAUGUGAACUAUGCUUGUGUGCUUCACAGCGUCAUGGAGGAGGCGAAAUCCUUGAGCAAUGCGCGAGAAGGUUGCCAGGAAGAGCUCAUGAAGGCCUUCGAGGCUUUGCUGAUUGAGAAGUUCCUGGAGCGCCAGUGCUUCAUGGGUGUGGUGCCUGACGUGGGCAACAUGCCCAGCUCUGACCAGUUUGUUCGCAAAGCGGUUUUGGAAUCCCAGGCGCCUCCAGAGCACAUGCACUACGUUGCCUAUGUGGACUUCACCAAAUUGGGCACUUUCAGCCAACAGAAUGUCAACACCCAUGCCCAGAUCAAUUGGUGUGGUGAUCGUGGAAAGAAGAGCGUGAUCUUUCACAGCACCAUGUAUGAUGGAGCCCUGGAGCGUGCUGCAAUUGAAGCCCAGACGCCAGUCUUCUCAGUGUCAGCUGAUGCAGUCACACACAAGCUUUCUUGCAAGAUAGUCCGCAACACCCUGCUUGAGGGUUGGAAGAAAGGUGAGGCGAAGGGACCAGAGUUCAGUGUGAAAUUUGUGGCUGAACCACCAAGCCUUCCUGAGAUUACCAAGUUGCCUGAGAUGACAUUGUGCAAGAUCAUGGACCACAACACUGUGGCCAUUCCGUCGGACAUUCGACAGAGGUUUUUGAGGGAUCCUCUCAGAUCCAAAGAGUGGAAGGAGAUCUUGGCUGAAUUUGACAAGAAGUUUGAGGCUACCUCACAAGGGCAACCCGCUCAGGCAACCCCAGCAGCUGAGACUGAAUCUGGCGCCGGAAAGCCUGAAAGCUCAUGGAAAGACAUCUUUCCUGACAGCCCCGAAGAGCUCACUGUCUUGGAUGCCAUGGAUGUGUCCUCCACUUUCCCUUUGGGCAGUGGCUCGCUUGUCUGCAAAGUCAUUGAAGGGCCACAGUACUUCAUCUGCGCGACGACUUCAUCAGGAAGCUUUGACACUGCCGAAGCUGUUUUUUUUGCACAAUGGUGGCACGUGGUUGCUGGACGGCAAGGCAGCAAAGGCCUUGCAGGACAAGUUUUUGGUUUGCGAAGUGUGGUUUUCUUUGUCAGGGCUUGCUUGCAGCAGAUCGAGCGUGAUGGUCUCGUGGAUUUCAAAUUGGGCGGUCAUUCCGCAGAUCGCCCUGGCCAAGUCUUCAAUGGCCACAGUGAAGACAUGUUCAAUGUCGUGCCCAAGGAGGACAAUCCAAUGGUUUGGAAACCCAAUGCGGUGCAGCUGAGGCAGUUGAAGUACAGCAGCUGCGCAAGCUAUGUGGAUGCUGAGAAGCUGACAGCAUCGCCUGCCUUGGAAGUUGCUGCUUGUUUCAACUGA